AUGAGGCUUUUCAACGGGAUUUUCGCCCUUAUUGUGGUUUCCGUGUCAUUGGCUUCGGCUCAGUCUUCCGAUUCCUCUGCGAUCUUGGCCACUAUACCACCGUGUGCUGUAAAAUGUUUGGUUGCGUCUGUCAGAAAUUCAACAUGCGAUCUCUUCGACACAGAAUGUACAUGCAACAACCAGGAACUGCAAGCCGACAUUGAGAAGUGUGUCAUUGCCUCUUGCACAAUCAGGGAGUCUUUGACAACGAAAAACGCGUCUAUGACAAUGUGUCACGAACCCAUUCGAAGCCGUCAACACGAGUUGCUGGUUAUAAAUGCUACAAUGGGGGUCUUUGCAGGUCUCUUUGUCCUACAAAGAUUCAUGUCAAAACUCUUUAUGAAGCUGUCUUUUGGUCUUGAUGACCUUUUUAUCGGGUUAUCUAUGCUUCUCAUCAUCCCCUGUAUAGUUAUCAAUGUGGAUGGUUUGAUCCCCAACGGUUUAGGCCGCGACAUCUGGACUGUCCAGCCUGACCAAAUUACCACAUUCGGCCUUUACUUCUAUAUCAUGACGAUCUUGUAUUUCACCCUGCAGACAUUCUUAAAGCUGGCCAUGAUAUCUUUCUUUCUGCGCAUCUUUCCAACACGAGGUGUCCGAAGAACGUUAUACGCAACCGCUGCCUUCAAUUGUCUGUACGGUUUGGUAUAUAUCUUCAUCGCCGUCUUCCAGUGCCAGCCUAUCAACCUCUUUUGGAACAGAUGGCAACACAAAGAAGAAGUUGGGAAGUGUCUCAACAUCAACUAUAUGACUUGGUCCAGCGGAGCGUUUACCGUUGCCCUCGAUAUGUGGAUUCUAUGCAUACCACUUUCACAAUUGAAGAAGCUGAACCUGGACUGGAAGAAAAAGGUCGGAGUUGGCAUUAUGUUUAGCGUCGGCCUCUUCGUCACUAUAGUGAGUAUCCUACGUGUUAUAACCACGAUAAAAUUCACCGCAGGAGACGGUGCGAACAACGCAACUUGGGAAUAUGUUGAGUUCGACGUGUGGUCCACCAUCGAAAUCGCCACCGGGGUAGUUUGUGCCUGCCUUCCGAGUCUACGACUCCUUCUCGUCCGCAUCUUUCCCAAGCUGGGUGGGUCAUCGGCCCGGAACUACUACCAACACGACAGCAACAAUUUCCACAAGGACCAGCCUGGCUGCACCUGUUCACUUUCACAACCCUUGGGGUCAAGCUCAGAGGCCGAUAAGACGUCCCGUGACAGACGCAUCGACUCUGUUGGUAUCACUCGCGACAGAACUUACGAGGUGGAGUUUGGUAAAAUUGAUACUGAUGAGACGGAGCUAGUUUAUAUGAAGGAUCUGAAUCAAGAUCUUGCAAGUACAAAGUACAACGUUUAA